AAGACUAAAGAGGGCCUUCAGAGCUUACAACACGAACUGGUGCGGUGUGUGAGAGUAAGGGAAAGCACACGAUCUGUUUCCCUCACCUUGUAGCUUGGAUAAUAAUUACACCUUUCGUACUCUUUUCAUGGAUACAUAUAACAGGAUUUAUACAAUACAAAUGCAGUUCUAAGAAAUCAAAGGGCUACAGUAGAAGUAAGCCAACUUUCAGAAACAAGGGCAUUAGUACAAACGGUGCUAACACAGUAAGAUCAGGAUGUGCUGCAUGGUGUAAACGCGAAGACCUUCAAUUCCUUUGAUUAUGAUAACUUUCACGCUAUACACUAAGACAGUUCAAAGAAUUGGCAUCAAUUGCUAGUUAGAAGACAUGGCGGACCCCGCCGAAGGCGGCGGGUCGGAACAAGACGACGUCUCCUUCUUGAGAACCGAUGAUAUGGUAUGCCUGAGCUGUAUUGCUACAAGUACUUCAGAAAGAGUUUGUCUUGCUGCAGAAGGCUUUGGAAAUCGCAUGUGCUUUCUUGAGAGCGUUGCUAAUAAGGAUGUGCCUCCAGAUUUAUCAACGUGUGUGUUUGUGCUUGAACAGGCUCUCUCAGUACGAGCUUUGCAAGAGAUGGUUGGAACAUCGAAUCAACAGUCAACAGCAGCACAAUCAGGACAUAGGACAUUACUUUACGGACAUGCAGUAUUACUACGGCACUAUCAUGGAAAUAUGUACCUCUCCUGUUUAUCCACAAGCUCAUCAAAUGAUAAAUUAGCUUUUGAUGUUGGUUUACAGGAGAAUGCUGUAGGUGAAUCAUGCUGGUGGACAAUCCAUCCUGCCUCCAAGCAGAGAUCUGAAGGUGAAAAAGUUAGAGUUGGAGAUGACCUCAUUCUUGUCAGUGUAUCUUCUGAGAGAUAUCUGCAUAUUGGAAGUGGGAGCAGUGUUAUCGCAUCUUUUCAACAAACAUUAUGGACUGUGGUGCCAAUGUGCUCAGGAACAGUAAGACAAAAAACAUUAGGCUAUGUUUUUGGUGGCGAUGUGCUUCGGUUAUUUCAUGGUCAUAUGGAUGAAUGUCUGGCUAUACCAGAAGCUGGCAGUGAAACUGAAUUCAAUUGUGUCAUGUAUGAAACUGGGGCAGUGUGUAGCCAUGCUCGCUCCUUGUGGAAAAUGGAGCACAUCAGAACCAAGUGGGCAGGUGCUUUUAUGGGCUGGGGUCAGCAAUGCCGCAUUCGCCAUGUAACUUCUGGAAGAUAUUUGGCAGCCAUGCCUGACAACUCAGUUAUGACAGUUCACAGACAAAAAGCAGAUGAAGCCAGUACAGCUUUCAACCUUGUCAUGUCUAAGGAUGAGAAAAAGCAGUCUGACGUCCGUGAGGAUGAAGGAAUGGGUCUAGCAGACAUCAAGUAUGGUGACUCUAUGGUCUAUUUGCAACAUGCUUCAACUGGUCUUUGGCUUUCGUAUCAAACUUUUGAAACCAAGAAACGGGGUGUAGGGAGAGUGGAAGAAAAAAAGGCUAUCAUGCUUGUUGAGGGACACAUGGAUGAUGGCUUCACCUUUUCAAGGGCUCAGGAAGAGGAAUCUCGAUCAGCUCGUGUCAUUCGCAAAUGCCAGAGUUUGUUUAACAGGUUCACAAAGGCAUUGGACUCUUUGAAAACAGAGGGACGUACAAGUCCGUCAUGGUCAAGACUAAGCCUCUCUGAAGUCAUAAAGUGCCUAGAAGACCUCAUUGAUUAUUUCGCACAACCUGGACAAGAUGUAGAGCAUGAAGAGAAACAAAAUAAAUUAAAAGCCUUGAGAAACAGACAAGAUCUCUUUCAAGAAGAGGGUAUGAUAGCCCUGAUUUUAGAAACCAUAGAUAAGUUCAGCUCCUACAAGAGUCGCAGACAGUUUGCUCACUAUGCUGGAGAAGAGGCAGCUGGAAAAUGGGAUGAUAUAUCUAGCUACCUGUAUUUACUUCUUGCUGCAAUGAUUCGUGGAAAUCGUGCCAACUGUGCUCAGUUCGCUCAGUCCUAUCGGCUAGACUGGUUAGUGAACCGACUGGAAAGUCAGCAGUCUUCAACUGGUGUUCUGGAUGUCUUGCAUUGUGUACUGAUUGACAGCCCUGAAGCAUUGAACAUGAUCAAAGAGAAACAUAUCAUUACCAUUAUCUCACUGAUUGACAAACAUGGAAGAGAUCCAAAGGUAUUGGAUGUCUUGAGGUCACUGUGCGUUGGAAACGAUGUGGCAGUACGAACAAAUCAAAAUCUUAUCUGUGAUAAUUUGCUACCUGGAAAAGAUCUUCUUCUGCAAACCAAAUUGGUUGACUACGUGACCAGCUUGCGUCCAAACUUGUACACUGGGUUGAAACAAGGCUCUGCCAUGUACAAGAAGUGGUACUUUGAAGUCAUGGUCAUUCAGUACAAAGCCACCAGCCACCUGCCCCCUGUGUUGAAAGUUGGCUGGGCUAACACCAGUGGAUUUGUGCCCUAUCCAGGAGGAGGGGAGCACUGGGGUGGCAAUGGGUGUGGUGACACUCUCUACUCCUAUGGUUUCGAUGGUGUCAAUCUGUGGACAGGUGGUAAACCAAAGCAGGUGAGAAUCACUAAUACACCUCUUCAAAAAAGUGAUAUCAUUGGUUGUGCACUAGAUCUGACCAUACCACAGAUCAUCUUCUCUGUGAAUGGGGUCAAGGUGACUGGUUUCUUCAAAGAUUUCAACACUGAUGGCAUGUUCUUCCCUGUUAUUAGUCUUUCAGCAGGAGUAAGCUGUCGCUUCAUUUUUGGAGGAGAUCAUGGACGUAUGAAAUUUGGCCCUCCUGAAGAACAUGCUCCAAUCAUUGAAGCCUUACCACCAAAAGAUAAACUAAGGAUAGAUCCAUGUUUUUAUUUUGGUGAAAUCAACAAAAAUAUGAUCAGUGGGCCAACUGAAAUGUGUGAAUAUCAAGCCUUUGUGCCCAAUCCAGUCAGCACAGCACAUAUUCAACUGCCAACUUACAUUGAAAACGUGAGAGAUAAACUGGCAGAAAAUUUACAUGAAACCUGGGCUAUGAACAAAAUUGAUCAAGGAUGGUCUUUUGGAGAGAGCCGUGAUCCAGAAAGAAAAAUCAACCCAUCUAUCAACUCACUUGACAAAUUGCCAAUAUCAGAGAAGAAAUACAUCAUAACAGUGGCAUUUGAAACUCUAAGAACCCUGCUUGCAUUAGGUUAUCAUGUUGCUAUGAUACCACAAGAACAGCCAAAUAAUCGACUGAAAAUGUUGAAACUUGGCAACAAUUACCUCCAGACCAAUGGAUACAAACCAAACCCACUGGACUUGUCAGGAAUCAUCCUGAACGAAAAAAUGCAAGAACUGGUUGAUCUGUUGGCAGAGAAUACUCACAAUGUUUGGGCUAAGGAUCGCAUCAAACAUGGGUGGACAUAUGGCCUGCAUGAGGAUCCAGUGAACAAAAGAACUCCACAUCUUGUCCCUUAUAAUAAAGUGGAUGAACACAUUAAGAAAGCCAACAGAGACACAUCGACAGAAGCUGUUAGAACACUAUUGGCCUAUGGCUAUUCCAUUGAGGCUCCCACUAGUGAAACUGGUGAAAGUGGAACAGCUGGAUGUAAACUACAGAGUAGAUUAUCUGCUCUUGGUUUACUGCCAGUUGUUGCCUCUGACAGCCCUGACAAGACAACCAAUUAUAGAACAUACAGAGCCGAAAAGACUUAUGCAGUGACUAGUGGAAAAUGGUAUUAUGAAUUUGAAGUAGUGACCACUGGAUAUAUGAAGGUAGGCUGGUCAUUGGUCUCUGCUGAACCAUCAUCUGAACUGGGUACAGAUGGAUCCUCCUAUGCAUUUGAUGGAUACAUGGCUAGGAAGUGGUACAUGGGCGCUGAGUCUUAUGGUAAAACAUGGAGCACUGGAGAUGUGGUUGGCUGCUUACUUGACCUGCAUGAUUCUACAAUAUCCUUUUCUUUGAAUGGUGAGCUGAUGAUGGAUGCAAUGGGUCAAGAAAUAGCCUUUAGAAAUGUGAAGACCUCCAACAACAUUGGUUAUGUUCCUGCAUUUACAUUAAGUGCACACCAACAGGGGAAAAUGAACUUUGGUCAAGAUAUAAAUGGAUUGAAGUUCUUUACAAACUGUGGCCUACAGGAAGGCUAUGAACCAUUUUGUGUGAACAUGAUGAGAUCAUUAACUUUAUGGUAUGGCAAGAAUGAACCAAUAUUUGAAACAGUCAACAGUUCAGAUUCCAGUCUUCUGGUGUCAAGAAUCUCCGGAGGUCCUAACGUCAGUCCAUGUUUGAAAGUUUCAUCUAAAACCUUUGGAACUCUGGAGAAAGUUCGCCUGGAGUACCUGAGACUCAGCCUACCUGUCACUUGUAAAGAAGAAUUUGUUUCAAGCAGAGAUAAAAUGUUAGCUCAACAAAUACUUGAGAAAAGACUUAACCUUGAAAACAUCCGCCGGCGAGGAGCUGAUUUAGACAUUGAAGAAGAAGUGGCAACAGAUAGUAGCCAUCACAAUGGUGAAAUAAAUGGUUUUGUUGAGCAUGAUUCUGGCUUUUCUUUAGCUAACACUAUAGAAAACAGAAUAGAGGAAACAAUACCUGAAGCUAAUGAAGAAGACUACAGCAUUAAUGAAAUGAUGAAUGGUGGACCUGAUUUGACUCUAAGAAAAACUCUUCACCAUAACUACACUGAAGAUGAUGCACUCAGCACAGCCGAGCGCAGAAAAUCUUACAUUAAAGGCAUGAAAUCUGGAAAGGGUCAGUCUUUGGAUGACUCCAGUAUUGGUGAACAAUCACGUGGCAUGAAGUCUGCUGCGAGUGAAUCCCAACUCAAUGACAGCCUAGACUCUUUCCUUAACCCUAACUCUAAAGAAAAGCCCCGCACUGGGUCCAAACUUUCUCUCCUUGCAGAUAAAGUGCUAGACACAGCUAAACUCAUGGCUGACAAAAAUCAGCAUCAACUGGGCAAAAAGCAGGGCAAGAACACUUUCACAUCUCUUUUCAAAAAGAGUAAAUCCAGAGACCCGUCACCCAACAACAUGGGGAGAGCCAGAAGCACAGAGUAUUCCAGCCUGGACAAAAAAGCCACAUCAGCUCGCACAGGUCACCUGGACAAGAAAAAGCCAUCCAGUAAGAGUCCAGCUGUGAGAGUGAGUGACUCUGAGCUGGACGAUGUGGCAGACAAAGAACUGAUUCCCUAUGAGUUUCAAGAUGAGCUCUCCUCAAGACAUCACUACAGAAGUGAGGAUUCUGACUUUGGUCAAUCUGAGGGAGAACUAAGUGAAAUCAAUGCAAUAGCAGAACAGAUGGAUGAAUACUUUUAUGCUGUCCGGGUCUUUCCUGGCCAAGAUCCUUCCAAUGUGUAUGUUGGAUGGGUUACACCAAGCUUUCACUACUAUGAGAGUACUUUUGACAUCAAGAGUGUUCGACAUGUUGUAGUCUCAACAUUGGACAGAGACUAUAAACCUAAACAAAGUGUGAGUCGCAAGAACUGUUACAUAAUGUCUGCUGGAGAUCUACAGCAGCGGUAUGCAGAUUCUACUCAAGAAAUUGCUUCCAAACGGUCAUCACCUGGAUUGGUCAUUGGUUGUUUCAUUGACACUUCAACUGGAGUUUUGAGUUUUACUGUCAAUGGAAAAGAAGUAGCUAAUAAAUUUCAGGUUGAACCUGGAACAAAAUUAUAUCCUGCUGUUUUCUGCGAGCCCACCAGCAAAGAAAUUUUUCAAUUUGAGUUGGGCAGUACCAGGACUUCACUUCCUUUGUCUGCUGCUGUUUUCCGAGGUCCUAAAUCACUUGUGCCGACCUGUCCACCUCGUCUGGAUGUACAGUCCAUGAGACCUGCUCACUGGGCUCGUGUGCCAAACACUUCACUGAAAGCAAGCACACUGAAGCUAUCAGACCUGAGAGGCUGGAGCAUGAUCUGUGAAGAUCCAAUGUCAAUGUUGGCUGUGUAUGUACCUGAUGAAGACAGAUGUUAUGAUGUGUUGGAACUCAUAGAAAAAGAUGAUCUGUUGGAUUUCCAUGCAAAGACCCUUGAGCUGUAUCAGGCUGUGUGUAGCCAUGGAAACCACAGAGUUGCUAAUGCCUUGGUUCAGCAUGUUGAUGAGAAACAGUUGAUGUACUGCAUACAGAGUGAAUAUCUAUCUGGGCCAUUACGGCAUGGGUUUCAUAAUCUGCUCAUUUCAAUGCACUUGGAAUCCCACACAAGAUCAAGACUUAUGACUCAGAAUGAGUUCAUCAUUCCUCUGACCCAGCAGACAAAGUCUGUGUCCUUGUACAGGGCACAGAGUCAUCCUAAUGAAGCUUAUGGCAUUAAACAUCAGAUUCCUAGCAUGGAAGAGAGUGUUUCUAUAAGGCCUCAGCUGGCAAUCACGGAGAAACAGAUUCAAGAUAGAAUCCAGAAGAAUGGCAGAGACUCAACAGCACCUUAUUUCAAUGUUGACAGACUAAAAGCUUACAACAUGCAGGCUUUGUCAGCUGCUGUGGAGAAGGGGGCAGCCCAUGUCAGAGAUUCCAUUGGAGGAAGCAACACUAACCUAUUUGUACCUUUGUUGAAAAUCUGUGACAAUUUGCUGGUCAUGGGUCUUCUGAAUGAUGAUGACCUGCAACACCUACUAUGUCUGAUUGAACCAGCUGUAUUUGAUGACUCUGGCUUUAGAAAUCUAGGGAAAAAAGGGUUAUUACAAAUGGAGCUAGAAGAGCCUGUAAAACUACAGGUUUGCAAGAUUCUUCAACAUUUGUGUGACCUGCAGUUGAGACACAGAGUGGAGUCCAUCAUUGCAUUCUCUGAUGAUUUUGUUGCCAACUGUCAGAAUGAUCAGUUGAGACGUUAUAUUGAGAUCAAACAGACUGACAUGCCUCCUGCUAUGGCAGCAAAGAAAACUAAAGAAUUCAGGUGUCCUCCAAAAGAACAGAUGAAGGCAUUACUAACAUUCAAACUUGAGGAAGAUGAAAAUAAUGAGUCUUGUCCAUGCCGAGAUGACAUUAAAGCUACUCUGAAACAAUUUCAUGAGGAGCUUUUGCAGCACUGUAAGAUGCCUCAAAUGAAUGAAGAAGAACCACCAGCAGCCAUUGAAGCCCCACCUUCAUCCACUGUUUCACAGAAACUAUUAUCUUUAAUUUGGAAGGCCAAAACACUAGAGAUCACUGCUUGUAUUGAGGCCCCUAAAAUUCCAGAUUCUAUUCAGAAGUUGAUCACUGCAACCAUGAUUAGAUGGGCACAAGAAUCUUUUAUAUCCAGUCAAGAUUUGGUGAGAGAAAUGUUUAGUCUACUGUACAGACAGUAUGAUGGGAUUGGAGAGCUGAUGUCAGCCUUGGAGAAAGCCUAUGUAAUCAGUAGUAAAAGUCAUGAAGAUAUUGCCCAACUGUUGAAGUCCUUGGGAAUCAUUAGAUCUUUGCUGCAAGUUCAAGCAGGUCCUGAUGAAGAAGAACUGAUGAAACAGAAUCUUAAAGAUUUAAUGGACAACAAAGUUUUCUUUCAACAUCCUGACCUGAUGAGGGCAUUAUGUGUUCAUGAAACUGUCAUGCAGUUGAUGGUUAACACUCUCAACAAGGCUCAGCAACAACAGCAGCAGCAGCAGCAACAAAUCACUACAGGAGAUGGUACAGGUAGACAGCCACCACAAUCCAACACAAUGGAAAGUUUGAGUGAACAGAAUAAGGAUGCUGCAGCUGAAAUGGUUGUUAUGUGCUGUCGCUUCCUUUGCUAUUUCUGUCGUACUAGUCGGCAGAAUCAAGCUGCCAUGUUUGAACAUCUGAGUUAUCUGUUAGACAAUAGCAGCAUGUUGCUAGCUCGACCUUCCCUAAGAGGUUCCUGUCCCCUUGAUGUGGCCUAUUCUUCACUUAUGGACAACAAUGAACUGGCACUUGCACUAAGAGAAUCACACUUGGAGAAAAUAGCAGUUUACCUAUCCAGAUGUGGUGUACAGGUAAAUGCUGAGCUGUUAGAGAAAGGAUAUCCAGAUAUUGGAUGGGACCCUGUAGAGGGAGAACGAUUUUUGGAUUUCUUUAGAUUCUGUGUUUGGAAUAAUGGAGAACAUGUCGAAGAGAAUGCUAACCUCGUGGUCAGACUUCUGAUUCGUCGACCAGAGUGUCUUGGCCCAGCUCUGAGAGGAGAAGGUGGAGGCCUACUGAAAGCUAUGAAAGAUGGCAUCAGGAUGUCUGAGCAAAUAGCUGCUGCCAGAGAUAGCAGUUCUAGCAGUUUCCUGAUGGCUAUGAAUGAUGAUGAUGAUACUGGGGGAAGUUAUUUGGUGAACAGUAAAUACAAGUUUCACACCCUACCACCUCCAGAAGAUGAAGAUUACAUAGACAUGGGCAGUGCCAUAUUGGAGUUCUACAGUAGCCUGGUAGACUUGCUGGGCAAAUGUGCUCCAGACGCUGAGGCCAUCAAGGCUGGCAGAAGUGACUCAUUGAGGGCAAGGGCAAUCUUGAGAAGUCUUGUCUCCAUGGAUGAUCUAGAAGGAGUUUUGGGCUUACCUUUCAUUUUACCUGUUGGCCAGGCUCCAAAAGAUGAUGAAGAAGGUGGUGGGGGCCCAGGAGGGGAUGGAAUGCCACCUGGACUACUGCCAAGUCACAAGGCAUCUAUUGUCAUGUUCCUAGACAGAGUGUAUGGAGUUGAUGACCAGGCCACAUUUUACAGACUGCUGGAUGAUGCUUUCUUGCCUGAUCUCAGAGCAGCCACAACUCUAGAUAUGGCUGCUGCUUCUGAGAGUGAUAUGGCAUUAGCUUUGAACCGCUACCUCUGUACCUCUGUACUUCCAUUGCUGAUGAAGCACAGCUACUUCUUUAGAGAGUCAGAACAUGCCUCAGUUUUGUUAGAGACCAUGUUACAAACUUGCUACAGAUUGUCUAAAUGUAGAACACUGACCAAAGGUCAACAGGAGAUGACCUCAGACUUCCUAGUUGCUUUUACACAAGAACUGCGGCUGCCGUUGAUGACUAACCUGCUGAGAAAGCUUACCAUAGACGUACCAGCUUUAUCUGAACAUGCUGUUGUGCCACUCAGGGUUCUGACCUCUCACUAUGAGAGAAGUGGUAGUUACUAUGGCACUGGUGCUGGACGUGGCUCUGUAGCUAGUGAAGAGGAAAAGAGACUCACAAUGAUGUUGUUUCAGGGCAUAUUUGAUUCACUUGCAAAGAGAGCCUAUGAUCCAGAGUUAUUUUCAAAAGCUUUGCCAUGUCUCUCUGCCAUUGGUUGUGCUCUGUCCCCUGAUUAUGCACUGAGUCAUCGUGAUGAUAAAUGGCUAAGACAAACUUCUGUUGACUUGGAUGGGGCUUAUCACCCUAAACCAGUGGACACAUCCAGAAUUUCUUUAAACCAGUCUCUUGAAACAGCAGUAACAAAAUAUGCAGAGCAUUUCCAUGACUGCUGGGCAGUGAAAAAGAUAGAACAAGGCUGGCAGUUUGGCAAUACGUAUGAUGAUGAACGCAAGAUACACCCACUCCUCAAACCUUACCACUUGCUAGACGACAGAACAAAGAACAGAUACAUGAAUCCUGCCAGAGAGUCUUUGAAGGCCAUGUUAGCUUGGGGAUGGACAUUAGAGCAAGACCAGUCUCGCUUCACAUCUAACCGUGAAAGUAUCAAGAGAAGAGCAUCCAAAGCCAAUGUGUAUGAGCAUGGCUACAGUCCACGACCUUAUGACCUCAGGAAUAUUACACUAACAAGAGAAAUUCUUACCAUGUCAGAAAGGUUGUCAGAGAAUGCUCAUGAUCUCUGGGCCAAAAGAAAAAGAGAGGAGCUUGAUGCUAUUGGUGGUGGUGUACACCCUCAGCUUGUGCCUUAUGACAUUCUGACUGACAAAGAGAAGAAGAGAGACAGAGAACAUGCCCAGGAACUGCUUAGAUUUCUUCAGUUUUUAGGUUUCAGAAUUACAAGUGGUGACCUUGGCAUUGACCAACGACGUCGUGAAUCACAUCCCAGAGGCGGAAGAGAAAAUGAUGAAGAUACAGGCGGCGGAGUGUCUGCCACAGAGAGGAGGUUUGCCUACAGCCUACUUGAGAAGCUGCUAGAGUAUCUAGAUAAAGCAUCAGUCAACAUGCAGAUGACCAGACCUUCUACUAGGUUCUCUCGUCGCCAUAGUUACUCCACUGCUACUGAAGAUGUCAAAUUUUUUGGAAAGGUUGUUCUUCCAUUUGUUGAGCGUUACUUCCAUGCUCACCAAGCUUAUUUUAUUGCCUCUCCCAACUCACCUCAAGGAAACCAUAGCAUGGCUUCAUUUAAAGAAAAAGAAAUGACUGCAAGCUUAUACUGCAGACUUGCACAGACUCUAAGAUCCAAAUUAACAGCUUUUGGACAUGAUGUCAACAUUUCUGUUCGCUGUCUCAGGGUUAUGGUUCAGGCUGUGGACUUUAAGUCUGUAGUUAAAAACAGUCCUGAAUUUGUCCGAUCUUUCUUGUUACCAUUUUUUAACAAUGCUGCUGAUGACCUGGCACUGGUGAUGGAUAACCUAAUCAAAGAAAGGUUUAGUCAUGUCAAGGGCACCAUCACUCGUGGGGCCACCUCACUGGACUAUGUCCAUAUGGUGCUCUUGCCUGUUCUGUCAUCUCUCUUUGACCACAUUGGACACAACCAAUUUGGAGCUGAUAUGUUGGUCGGAGACACUCAGUUGGCUUGCUACAGAAUUCUCAAUGCACUGUAUACAUUAGGCACUAACAGUUCCACUUUUGCUCAAAGAGAUACAAUCCAGGCGGAAUUAGCCAGGCAUCGGCCAGCACUAGGAGAGUGUGUUGGAUCAUUUGCAAGCUGCUUCCCUGUAGCCUUCUUGGAGCCAGAGAAGAAUAAAUUUAAUAAGCAUUCCAUUUUGUUUGGUCUGGAGGGAAAGAUUUCUGAACACUCCCUUGAAGCUCAAGAGGUCAUGGACCAGCUAAAAGAACAUGUUCCAUCAUUGGAAAAAAUUGUGACAGAAAUUGAAGGCCUGGCUCACUCUGGUGGAAAAUAUCAUGAGGCCCCACAUGUUAUUGAAGUGACUCUACCCAUGGUUUGCAGCUAUCUUCCUAACUGGCUAAAACAUGGACCUGAUGGGAUACACACAGAGAGGCCAAGAAAUUAUGUCACUGAUGUUACAGCCCAACAGAUGAAUGCUGUUCUUGGCAAUGUCCUCAAAUUGAUUCUUAGUAAUGUGGGGACUGAAGAUGCUCCUUGGAUGAAUAGAAUUGCCACUCGCACUCAGCCUAUCAUUUGUAACUCCACACCUGAUAUGAUCAAAGAUCAUUUCUUACCGAUUGCCAAAAAGCUAAGAGAAAAUGCUAUGUCUGUAGAGACCAUGGAGAAAAGGUUGGCACAAGAAAAAAGACUGGCAUUGGAAGGAAGUGAAGAUUUUGAACAAUUUGUCCAAGAGAAAUUCAGUAUCCUGGUGAGAGACAUCUAUGCCUUCUAUCCACUGCUUAUCAAGUAUGUAGACUUGCAUCGCUCUCAUUGGUUGAAAAAUCCAACCCCUGAAGCUGAGGAACUCUUCUCCUGUGUGGCAGAAAUAUUUUCCAUGUGGUCUCAUUCUUUGUUUUUCAAAAGAGAAGAGCAGAACUUUGUAUCCCACAAUGAAAUAGAUAACAUGGCUCUCAUUAUGCCCAGCCAAGCCGUACGUCUCUCUGUUCCCAAGAAGAUUAUGUCCAGUUCACAAGAAUCAGCUAGUGGCAAGCGCACAUCUACAGGAGGAAGAAGGAAAGAGAAGAAGAGGCUUGAGCCCCACAACUCUCUGAAUGUGGCUUGCCUCAAAAGACUUGUCCCAGUGGGUCUAAGCUACUUCAGUGGGAGAGAGCAAGAGCUGCUACAACAAGCCAAACAAAGACUUUUGCAGAAGGACGGAGAUGGAGACAUAGAGGACUACCUUUUGAAUAACCUCAGUGCUGAAGAGGGGCCUAUUGAUGAAAAGACACAAUGGCAGAAAGUCUUGUACAGAAAAAUAGGUGACACAAAACUCUCCAGCACUCUACAACUUACACAGAAGAAAGUCAUUGAGAGAAUCAUAAGUAUGGCUAAAGUCAUGCAUGGCCUUCAUAUGGUGGAACAUCCAGAUGCAUAUAAUAAAGGCGCUUGGAAAAAAGUCAUCUCCUCUCAAAGAAAGAGGGCUGUCAUGGCUUGCUUCAGAAUGAUUCCUCUUCACAACACACCAAGACACCGCGCUAUGAACUUAUUCCUUAAAGCCUACAGACAACUCUGGCUAGAGACUGAAGAAAGAGAUAUGAAUGCUCUAAUAGUGGAUCUCACCCAAUCUCACAAAGAAGAAGAAGGAGAAAAGAAAGAAGAAGAAGAAGAGAAGAAACCAGAUUCACUAAAUCAACUGAUUACAACAUUGAGCCGAGGAGCUACUAAAGAACAACAACGCAGCAUACCUGAUGACCCUCUGUACAUGUCAUAUGCUCAGAUUAUGAGUCAGAGCUGUAGCGGUGAAGAUGAAGAUGAUGAUGAUGAUGAAAAUGAAGAAGGUCCAGGUCCUUCAUUUGAGGAACAAGAAAUGGAGAAACAACAACUGCUAUUUGAACAGUCCAGACUUUCAGAUAGAGGGGCAGCAGAAAUGGUACUCCAGUAUAUUAGUGCCAGUAGAGGGGAACCAGGUGAAAUGGUGACCAAGACAAUAGAGCUUGGAAUAUCUCUACUAAGGGGAGGUAACACAGCUGUUCAGAAGAGACUACUGCAGUCCCUUAAAGACAAAAAAGAUGUAGGAUUUUUUACUUCUUUAUCUGGCCUGAUGCAGCAGUGCAGUGUUCUAGACUUGGAUGCAUUUGAACGCACAAAUAAAGCCCGAGGACUGGGUAUGAGCACAGAAUCUGGUGCUGGGAACUUGGCUGAUGCAGAAGAGACAUGCAAGAUUUUUAGAUUUUUGCAACUUCUUUGUGAAGGUCAUAAUCUUGAGUUUCAAAACUACUUGAGAACUCAGGCCGGCAACACAACAACAGUCAACAUUAUUAUCUGCACUGUGGACUACUUGCUGCGUCUUCAGGAAUCCAUCAUGGAUUUCUAUUGGCACUAUUCAGGCAAAGAUAUCAUUGAUGCCGCAGGAAAAGACAACUUUAGUAGAGCCAUCAUGGUGGCAGCACAAGUCUUUAAUUCUCUUACAGAAUAUAUACAAGGACCUUGUUCUCAGAACCAGUUGGCCCUUGCUCACAGUAGGUUGUGGGAUGCUGUUGGAGGAUUUCUCUACAUCUUUGCACACAUGCAAGACAAGCUCUCAAAGGAUCCUGACCAGUUGGAACUGUUGAGAGAAUUCAUGAAGCUACAGAAAGAAAUGAUGAUUAUGCUACUGUCUAUGCUAGAAGGUAAUGUUAUGAAUGGACCCAUUGGCAAGCAGAUGGUGGACACUCUGGUGGAAUCCUCCACUAAUGUUGAGAUGAUCCUGAAGUUCUUUGAUAUUUUCCUCAAGAUGAAAGACUUAACCACAUCAGAAGCAUUCUUGGAAUUUGAUAUCAACAAAGAUGGCGUUUUGUCCGCAAAGGAGUUCAGAAAAGCAAUGCAUGCUCAAAAGGUUUUUUCACGGGAAGAGAUCGAGUACAUAAUGAUGUGUGUCGAUGCCAAUCAUGACGGAAAAGUGGAUUUCACAGAAUUUACUGAUCGCUUCCACAAUCCGGCUAAAGACAUUGGCUUCACUAUGGCUGUUCUGCUAACUAAUUUAUCAGAACACAUGCCAAAUGAACCAAAGCUUGAAAGACUGCUCAGCAAAGCUAAAAGUGUUUUAGACUACUUUGAGCCUUACCUGGGUCGUAUAGAAAUACAAGGCAGCGCCAACCGUAUUGAAAGAGUCUACUUUGAAAUCAAACAAUCUCAUAUAGAUCAGUGGGAGAAACCACAAAUCAAGGAAUCCAAGAGAUCAUUUUUACACAGUGUUGUGAAUGAGGGUGGUGACAAGGAGAAGUUAGAAAGUUUUGUCAACUUCUGUGAAGACACAAUCUUUGAGAUGCAGCAUGCCACAAGUAUCAGUGCUGAGGAGCAGAGAAUUGCUGCCAUGAGAAGUGGUGCUGGAAACAUGGAUGGAGGAAGAAGAGCCCAACCAAACUCUACAGGGGUUCUGGAACCUAUUGUCUUGACCUUCAGAUUCUUUAAAGAUAUGCUGAUGGCUGUCUUGUCUUGCUUGACCUGGUCCAACUUGAAACAUUCAUAUCACACCUACAAGUCCAUGACAUACUGGCAGUUAUUUGUAGCGUUCUUCAAGCUGAACUUUAAACUUGCCUGGUUCAUGAUCACUUUAGUCUUCCACAUCUCUUGGACUAUGGUGAAGUUUGUCUUUAACAUGAUGAGAGGAGAGAAGGAGGUAGAAGUCAAACAGCCUGUAGAGAAACUGGUUGCUCCUCUUCCCAUGGCAUUACAGAUGGGACCUGUCUUGGUCAUGCCUACAGCACAGACAACACUGAAUGGAGCCGUUGGACCUCUACCUGAUAAAUCUCUGUCUGAAUCACAACUUCAACUGAAUGGACUGGAUAGAAACAUAUCCAAGUCAAAAGAAAUCUUGUCCAAUGGUGUUGGUGGUAACAUCCUCCAUGAAGGUGGCUCUAACUUGGAAGAUAUUGAUUUUAUUGAACCUCCUAUGAUGGCUACUACUGCCAGUAUGCAGUCCAGAGCUCACUCGACUCUCUCUCUACCACAGAUCUCUAUACCUGAUGGAAGAAGGUUAAGUGAAACUGUCACAAAAGAAUCAACCAAAUCUGAAGAGGAACCAGCUGUUGAAACAACUGAAUUUGAAUAUGGAAAAUAUAUUCUUAGCUUGUUUGCUCGUAAUUUCUACAACUUUAAAUACCUGGCUCUACUGCUGGCAUUUUUCAUCAAUGUGGUACUGCUGUUCUUCAAGGUGACCAAGCUCCAUGAAGAUGCUGCUGGGGGUGAUGAUGAUGGUCUCCUUGGCAACCUGACAAGCUCACUUGUCCCAGAAGAGGAUGAAGAUGACAGCCUGAAUGAACUUGUGAUCAUUGAAGAAGAGUUCUAUUACUUGAACCCAGUCAUACGUACAUUGGCACUGCUUCAUUCAUUGGUGGCUUUCUCAAUGCUUGUAGCCUACUACUGUCUCAAGGUGCCACUAGUUAUUUUCAAAAGAGAAAAAGAAAUAGCCAGAAAGCUUGAGUUUGAAGGUCUGUACAUUGUAGAACAGCCUGGGGAUGACGACAUCAAGGCUCAUUGGGAUAAACUGGUGCUAAGUACACAGUCCUUCCCAGAGAGCUAUUGGGAUAAAUUUGUUAAAAAGAAGGUCCGAGCUCGUUAUUCAGAACAGUAUGACUAUGAUGCAAUCAGUACAUUACUUGGCAUGGAUCAGGCAGAUACUGUAACAACCAGCACAGAGAAGUCCAGAUUUUUACCAGCUUUCUUAUCCAAUGUUGACCUUCAGUAUCAGAUUUGGAAAUGGGGAGUUAUUAUCACUGAUAAUUCAUUUCUGUAUCUCCUUUGGUACUUUUCUUUCUCCAUCCUGGGCAACUUGAACUUUUUCUUCUUUGCUGCCCACUUGCUGGAUGUGGCCAUUGGAUUCAAGACUCUGAGAACCAUCUUACAGUCUGUCACACACAAUGGAAAACAACUUGUUUUGACAGUCAUGUUGACCUGUGUGGUAGUGUACAUCUACACCGUGGUAGCUUUCAACUUCUUUAGAAAGUUUUAUGUUAAAGAAGAAGAUGGAGCAGUGGACUAUAAAUGUCAUGACAUGGCAACAUGUUUCGUCUAUCAUGUUCAUAUGGGUGUCAGAGCUGGUGGUGGUAUUGGUGAUGAAAUUGAACCAGCCGAUGGAGAUGCCAACGAAGCUUUUAGAAUUAUAUUUGACAUAACAUUUUUCUUCUUUGUUAUUGUUAUAUUGCUGGCCAUUAUUCAAGGUCUGAUCAUUGAUGCUUUUGGAGAGCUAAGAGAUCAAUUAGAACAAGUCAAAGAAGACAUGGAGUCCAAAUGUUUCAUCUGUGGUAUUGGUAAAGAGUACUUUGACAAAGUUCCUCACGGCUUUGAAAUCCAUGUGAAGAAUGAGCACAACUUUGCCAAUUACAUGUUUUUCAUUAUGCAUCUGAUAAACAAACCAGAUACAGAGUACACUGGACAAGAAACGUAUGUUUAUGAAAUGUACCAGCAGCGCUGCUGGGAUUUCUUCCCUGUCGGUGAAUGUUUUCGUAAACAAUAUGAAGAUGAAGACUCAAGAUGAUAACUUGUUAUUAAAAUUUUUAUUUUUUUUAAACUUUGUUUCCUCUUAAUGUAAUGACAUUUGAAAUGUGAAAUUCUCUCUUGGAAAACAUAAAAAACAAUUUUGAACAAAUGUUUAUGGAUUUAUUUCACAUAUUUAAGUUAGGAGUAAUCCUUUGACCUGCUGCUGUCCCUCGCAGCAUGGGAGAAAAUAGAUGAUCUUACUCGGGAUAUUGAUGUUAAAGAGUUUACCAGUUGGACAUUGUUUAGAUGCAUUCUGGAACCUGCUAUCCUGUCCCUCACUCUGCCAAUGUAUCGUCCUUACACAAUUUAUCCUGGCUCUUUUUUUGUCCCUGUUUUUGUUUGCUGGUGAUGAAGAAAACUAUUUGCUGAUAUUUAAAAACAAAAAAUAUAACCAAAUUGUUUGUGUACAUAUAUUGUCAGAUACACCUGAUGAAAUUCAAAUAUAGUGUUAAUAUGAAUUGUCUUUUUUUUUUUUUAAACUAGUACUGGUAUAUCCUUUGUCUACAUUUUAUGUAGCAAGCAAGAAAGGUGAUCUAUUGCAUGCUGUAUUUUUGAUUAGCUACUUUUCUAUGUAAAUAAAACUUGGAUUAGAAGGCUAGUAGAUUUAGUAGAUUACAUCCUAGUAUUUUACAUGUUCCUUUAUGAAGUGCAAUGCUGAUAAACUGAUUCAAAGAAGUCUGUCAACUUGCCUGCACAUUGCAUACUAUUAUUCAUUGGCGCCAUUCUAUUAAGCGAAAGGCCACUGGGAAGUUAUUGUUUUGACUUAAGAUAUAUCCCUACACUCACCAAGAACUUGUUAAGCUAUAACAUUUACAUUUUUUUUAAUGUAUUUUGUUUAAUGUUUCUUUAUGAAAAGAAAUCCUAAAAGUUUUAAUGAUAUUAAAAUAUUUAAUCUGUAAUUAUUAUUAAUUAUAUCAUUGUAUUAAUUUUCCUGAAGUAAAAGCAGUUGUAUAAUAAGUCUCACCUUUUUUAUAUGAAAAUCCAAGAGUUUGAUACUGUAUAAAUUCUAUUGUGAUUUUACAUUGUAUGACUUGCAUUGGUUUGAAGCAUUGGAAGAGUAUUCAAAAUAUUUGAAAUCUCAAUAUCUAGAACAUCAAUUUCUAUGUUCCCUUACUUAUUGUACGCAGAGAUAAUACUUGAACCAGAGGUCAUUUUAGAUGUAACCUCUUUUAUCACGUUCAAUUGAUGCCGCAGUUAUUAAGGCAACUUUUAUCGUUGAAAUAAUUGCUCUGCUUAGGAUUGAUAUAUAUAGAUUUUUUAAAAAAUUUAAUGCAUAUGUAUUACCUCUUCUAAAUUAUUGCACCACAUCCAGUAUUGAAAUAUCAAUAUUUUGUUGACAGAAAUCUUAAUAUUUGUUUCUAGCUCUAGCACCUAAUCAGAUCCCCCACAUUUUAGUCAUAGCACCAUUUUCUUUUUUUUUUUGUCAAGCAUGAUGGCAUACAAAAAAUAUUGUUUCGUUAUAACUAUAUUUAUAUUUAAAUAUAUGUUUCAAACUUUUUAAAAUGCCAAAUGAAGACAAUGAGGUCUCUCAGUGAUUGCAGUGGUUCCUUCCAGUGUUUCCUCCCCUGUUAAGCGUUGUGUCCCCUGUGAAACAAACCAUUGUUAAUAGCAAUGUCCACAAGCUUUUCUAAUAAACAUCAACUUUA